AUUGGAGGAUGGAGUCAUGUGUAGAAGUUCACGCAAGUGAGGAAAGUUCUCUGAUUGCCAUUCACUUGGGAGUGGCCAGAAACGAUUCUUUUACAUGUGACUCAAGCAGCUCACGACUUCCGGUCUUUGACCAAGUAUCCUCUGGGUAGCCUAAGAACAUCCGUUUGAAGGCGAGCUAACGUGAGAAGGCGAAACAUCCCCUGCAUAGGGUUGUGCGCUGGGUUUGGGACCCGCCACGUAAAAAAACACUCCAGUGAAUAGUCAUAACCAGCCUCGGAUGAGAGACCCCCCUUUUGAUGACGACCAUGGCAAACGAAAUAAGGACUACGAAUUGAGGGCAUGCACCUGGAAUGUCCGGUCCCUUAACUGGGAAGGUGCCACUGCCCAGCUGGUUGAUGUCCUCGUGAAAACAAAGGCUGACAUCACCGCCGUCCAAGAAAUGCGAUGGACGGGACAAGGACAGAGACGUGUAGGUCCUUGUGACAUUUACUACAGUGGCCAUAUAAAGGAGCGCAAGUUUGGUGUGGGAUUCGUGGUGGGAGAGAGACUCCGUCGCCGAGUACUAUCAUUCACUGCGGUGAAUGAACGUCUAGCCACAAUCCGCAUGAAAGCGAGGUUCUUCAACAUAUCGCUGAUUUGCGCCCACGCCCCGACGGAAGAGAAGGACGAUGUGACCAAAGAUGCUUUUUAUGAGUGCUUGGAGCGCACUUAUGUGAGAUGCCCCCGUCACGAUGUAAAAAUCGUGCUUGGCGACUUCAACGCCAGGGUGGGCAAAGAAGGUAUCUUUGGUACUACGGUCGGUAAAUUCAGCCUCCACGAGGAAACUUCCCCAAAUGGGUUGAGGCUGAUCGACUUCGCCGGGGCCCGAAAUAUGGUUAUCUGUAGUACUAGAUUCCAGCAUAAGAAGAUCCAUCAAGCCACCUGGCUGUCUCCGGAUCGAAAAACUACCAACCAGAUCGAUCAUGUUGUGAUAGACGGAAGACACGUCUCCAGUGUUUUAGAUGUGCGUGCGCUCCGAGGUCCUAACAUCGACUCGGACCACUAUCUUGUUGCAGCUAAGAUUCGCACCCGCCUCUGUGCAGCAAAAAACGCACGCCAACAAACACAAGGAAGCUUCGACGUCGAGAAGCUGCAAUCACAACAGACAGCCGAACGAUUCUCUACUCGGCUUGCACUCCUGCUCUCUGAGAGCACUCGUCAACAACUCGGUAUAAGGGAACUGUGGGACGGCAUUUCAAACUCCUUACGUACAGCUGCAACCGAAACCAUUGGUUUUCGGAAAGUGCAAAAGAACAGCUGGUACGACGAAGAGUGCCGUGUCGCAGCGGAGAGAAAACAGGCUGCCUACCUCGCAACGUUACGAUCGACCACAACACGUGCGGGAUGGGAUAGAUACCGAGAGUUGAAGAGGGAAGCGAGACGCAUUUUCAGACAGAAGAAGAAAGAGGCCGAAAUGCGUGAGUACGAGCAGCUUGACAAGCUGGCCGACAGGGUAAUGCUCGAAAAUUCUACGAAAAAAUGCGGCGGCUUACAGAAGGUUUCAAGACCGGAGCAUACUCCUGUAGAACCCCCCAAGGUGAUCUAGCCACCGAUGCCCAGAGCAUACUUAAAUUAUGGAGGGAACACUUCUCCAGCCUGCUGAAUGGCAGUGAACGCACAACAGCAGGAGAAGGCGAACCCGAUACCCCAAUCGAUGACGAUGGAGCAGACGUUCCAUUGCCCGAUCAUGAAGAAGUUCGAAUAGCAAUUGCCCGUCUGAAAAACAACAAAGCGGCAGGGGCCGAUGGAUUGCCGGCCGAGCUAUUCAAACACGGCGGCGAAGAACUGAUAAGGAGCAUGCAUCAACUUCUUUGUAAAAUAUGGUCGGACGAAAGCAUGCCCAACGAUUGGAAUCUAAGUGUGCUCUGCCCAAUCCAUAAAAAAGGAGACCCCACAAUCUGCGCCAACUACCGUGGGAUAAGCCUCCUCAACAUCGCAUAUAAGGUUCUGUCGAGCGUACUGUGUGAGAGAUUAAAGCCCACCGUCAACAAACUGAUUGGACCUUAUCAGUGUGGCUUCAGACCUGGUAAAUCAACAACCGACCAGAUAUUCACCAUGCGCCAAAUCUUGGAAAAGACCCGUGAAAGGAGAAUCGACACUCACCACCUAUUCGUCGAUUUCAAAGCUGCUUUCGACAGCACGAAAAGGAGCUGCCUUUAUGCCGCGAUGUCUGAAUUUGGUAUCCCCGCAAAACUAAUACGGCUGUGUAAACUGACGUUGAGCAACACGAAAAGCUCCGUCAGGAUCGGGAAGGACCUCUCCGAGCCGUUCGAUACCAAACGAGGUUUCAGACAAGGCGACUCCCUAUCGUGCGACUUUUUCAAUCUGCUGCUGGAGAAAAUUAUUAGAGCUGCAGAACUGAACCGAGCAGGUACAAUCUUUUAUAAGAGUGUUCAGCUGCUGGCGUAUGCCGAUGAUAUUGAUAUCAUCGGUCUCAACACCCGCGCCGUUAGUUCUGCUUUCUCCAGACUGAACAAGGAAGCAACGCAAAUGGGUCUGGCAGUGAACGAGGGCAAGACGAAAUAUCUCCUGUCAUCAAACAAACAGUCGUCGCACUCGCGACUAGGCCCCCACGUCACUGUUGACAGUCAUAACUUUGAAGUUGUAGAUAAUUUCGUCUAUUUAGGAACCAGCGUUAACACCACCAACAAUGUCAGCCUUGAAAUCCAACGCAGGAUUACUCUUGCCAACAGGUGCUACUUCGGACUGAGUAGGCAAUUGAAAAGUAAAGUCCUCUCUCGACGAACAAAA